AUGAACAGAAAUGUUCUUAAUAAACUAAGGAAGGACUGGAAGGAAGUUGCUGGAUUGUUUCCUGAUAUGGAGGAAAUGGCUUUAAGAAAAAAAUGGAAGAACACUCGGGACCAAUUUAUGAAAGAAUUUAAGAAAAUUCCGGUUUCUCGUUCUGGUGAUGCUGGAGCAGAUCAAAACACUUCAAUGUGGCCGUAUUUUAAAAUGAUGCUGUUCAUAAAAGAUGAUGUUAUCCCAGAAAUAAAUGAAGGCAAUUUAGAUACUACUACUAGAUGA